AUGUUUGUACCAGGUUUUAAUUGUGACUCAUUUGCUCAAAUGGGGCUGAGCACCUGUCUAACAGAGCCUUCCGUAGGCACUCUCAAUCCAAAUCACCAACGAUGCAGGCUGGCAUCAAGAUUUUGUGCCGACACGCCGCUGGCGCAGGCCGUCAUGCAUGGUACGCGUGGAAUUGUCUUUCAAUCUUCAGCUGAAGCCUUCCUUCUGUCUUUUGUCAGGAGGCUUUGCCUUUCAGAGCUGCAGCCUUCUUGGGCCCUCUUGCGCUAUGAGAGCCUCCGCGGUCUGAAAUAUCGGGCCUGCGGAGAGCCCAAAGUGAACCUCCUUGCUGAGGGGCAAGGUGCUUUUUGUGCAAGGUGUGUGAUGCGGGCCACUGCGCCGAACUGGCAGACUGAUGCGACCUUGAUUGAAGUCGAUUUCAGAGCCAGGCAAACAAGAAACAACAGCCGACCCACAACAAUCCGCACAAGGCCAGAAUGGCUCCCACUGGCUGAGAGGGACUGA